UUAGAGAAAGUGUUGAUUCACUAGCAUGAAGCCGAGAACGCAGUAGCCUUUGUGUGUGCUGAAUGUGUCCGGAAAGUCAAAGAAGGGCGAGAUGCUCCCGUGGGGUUUCCCAUCUCCAUGGCGGUAGGUGCUGACAGCUUGAGAGAAAGCACGGAGGGGCAGAGAGAAAAGAACUCCGAGGUGUCCGGCUCGGAGUUGAAAAGGACAUGAGAUGAAAAGGACACGGGGUUCGGAGCUGAACUUCAUGUCCCGUAACUAAGUGCAACAGAGUGGCAGGAUCCUCCAGUCUGAAGCGGUCCCUUCUUCUUACACUCGCUUCCCCUAUCUAGCACAGAGAGCUAGGGUAAAGGAGCUGAAUCUGAAAUAGUGUCCCUAUCAGUUCUGUUUGGUCCUGGGAAGUAUACAAGGAAGAAGAACCUCCGUGGAAGAGAGAGGAAGCUACGGGUGCGGAAGGUUUCAACCGACAACCCCAGACCACCACAAGGCCACGCACCCAGAACUACACGACUCACCUGGAUGCCCAGGGCGUAGGAAAGAAUGAGCUAUUACGGCAGCAGCUAUCCGAUUGUGAACGUGGACGCCAAAUACCCAGGCUACCCGCCCGAGCACAUCGUGUCCGAGAAGAGAAGAGCCAGGAGACGCCUGCUCCACAAAGAUGGCAGUUGCAACGUGUACUUCAAGCACAUCUUUGGGGAGUGGGGGAGCUACGUGGUGGACAUUUUCACCACCCUCGUAGACACCAAGUGGCGCCACAUGUUUGUGAUCUUCUCUCUGUCUUACAUCCUCUCCUGGUUGAUCUUCGGCUCUAUCUUUUGGCUGAUAGCCUUUCAUCACGGAGACCUGUUAAAUAACCCAGACAUCACGCCUUGCGUGGACAACGUCCAUUCUUUCACCGGCGCGUUUCUCUUCUCCCUGGAGACGCAGACCACCAUCGGCUACGGCUACCGCUGUGUCACGGAAGAAUGCUCGGUGGCCGUGCUCACCGUGAUCCUUCAGUCCAUCUUAAGCUGCAUCAUCAAUACGUUCAUCAUCGGCGCCGCCCUGGCCAAAAUGGCCACCGCUCGAAAGAGAGCGCAAACCAUCCGCUUCAGCUAUUUUGCGCUCAUAGGCAUGCGCGAUGGGAAGCUGUGCCUCAUGUGGCGCGUCGGGGACUUCCGGCCAAACCACGUGGUCGAGGGCACAGUGCGAGCCCAGCUCCUCCGCUACACGGAAGACAGCGAAGGGCGCAUGACCAUGGCCUUUAAAGACCUCAAGUUGGUCAAUGACCAGAUUAUCCUCGUCACGCCAGUAACCAUUGUUCAUGAGAUUGAUCACGAGAGCCCUCUGUAUGCCCUUGACCGGAAAGCAGUGGCCAAAGAUAACUUUGAGAUUUUGGUGACAUUUAUCUAUACCGGUGAUUCCACGGGGACUUCCCACCAGUCCAGAAGUUCCUAUAUUCCCCGAGAAAUUCUCUGGGGUCACAGGUUUAAUGAUGUCUUGGAAGUGAAGAGAAAGUACUACAAAGUGAACUGCUUAGAGUUUGAGGGAAGUGUCGAAGUGUAUGCUCCCUUCUGCAGUGCCAAACAACUGGAUUGGAAAGACCAGCAGCUCCACAGCAUGGAAAAAGCCCCGCCAGGCCGAGGAGCCUGCAUGGCAGACACCAAGGUCAGGAGAAGGUCAUUCAGUGCAGUUGCCAUUGUCAGCAGCUGUGAAAGCCCGGAGGAGACCACCACUUCUGCCAUGGACGAGUGUAAGGAAACAUCUUAUCAGAAAGCUCUCCUGACUUUAAAUAGAAUCUCUGUAGAAUCCCAAAUGUAGUCCCAAAGUGCAAUUACAAGGGCUACCACUCAAUCAUUUUACUAUGGAGCCAAUCACCUUAAGGCAAGUAGUUGUAAACAGGGCUUUAAAAGAAUGUGAUAGCUAUGUUUGACGCUGAUGGGAGUAAGAAGAGCAGGUUAAACUUGAUCAGAGAUAAUCUAAAAAUCACAUAGUAUCCAAUUGUUUAAACUUUUUUUUUUUUUUGCUAGCAAUUUUUGUGUUAGGGAUGCUAUUGAGAGCCUAAUUGAUUAACAUAAAUUUCAUCUGCUUUUAUUAUUCUGUAUACUUGUAUCUUUAAUUGGAGGUGUAAUAUUCAAUAAUGGGGGAACAAGGUAGGAUACUAGAAUAAAUAAAAAUAGGAGAGGCAACCAGCAUGAAUAAUAAACAUUUUAGUGUAUCAGAAUUGAUAGUAUAAGGAGUGGUUUCUCAUAAAAACAUCAUAUCACCUAACCAAGAUAUGCAAGGCAUGCAUUCAGUAAAUUGAAUGUUGAAAUAAUGAACUGUGACAUCAACUGGCCUAUUUGUGUCACUAUGUUUGCCCCUCAUAGUGUCUUGGUAUCAGCAGGCAAGAGUUAGUGGCUGUAA